GUUAGCUCGGUCACCGUCAGCUCGCACGACAUUUGCAGCGACAAGGCCCAAAGGUGCCACUCAGGACGAAGAGGUGCUUGGUUUGCAGCCUGGAUUCAUGGGGUCCUCCCGUAGUGGUGAACAGGGUAGAAAGAUUCUGGCAGGGUUCUGCCAGACUCUGUCAGCUUUCUGAUUUCUUUUCCUUCUUUUUUUGGAGGGUCUUCUGGGUUUUGGAGCCAAUGUGUGGUUGGGCCAAGGACAAUCAGUCAGUGAACGUUAGAAUAUUGCUCCGAAAGAUUGAACAGAUGCUGGUUGGAACAGUCCUUGAAGGAGUUGUGGCAACCGCUGAGUGGUGGUUGGGUAGCCUUUCUUUGCAGUCCAUGUGCUGAGCCAGGAUGACUCCUCUUCCGUACUGGCACGUUUCGGGAAGGAUUUGGUGUUGGAGGCGGCGGCCGGACGGCUGGACGCGGUUUUCGGCCGUGAGAAGGAGGUUCAGCGUGUUUUACACGUCCUGGCGCGGCGGAACAAGCCGAACGUUUGCCUACUGGGUCCACCCGGCGUAGGGAAGACCGCGUUGGUCGAGGAGGUGGCUCGCAGAAUCCACCGGCGUCAGAAUUUGCCCAGGCAGCUGAUGGGCUGUCAGAAGGUCAUCCAGCUGAGCUUGGGCUCUUUGGUGGGUGGCACCAGGUAUCGUGGGGAGUUUGAGAAGCGCAUGGAGAAACUCUUGAAGGAGCUCUCGGGCCUUCGGGAAGAGGUGAUUCUCUUCAUUGAUGAAAUCCACAUGGCCUUGGGCGCAGGUGAGACCGAGAAGGGCAGCUCCAUGGAUGCGGCCAACCUGCUGAAGCCAGCGCUGGCCAGGGGUGAGCUGCGAUGUAUAGGUGCCACAACCACUGCGGAAUAUAAGAAGCUCAUCCAGAAUCAGGACAAGGCCUUCGAGCGCCGCUUUGUGAUUGUGGAGCUCUCUGAACCCACAGAGGCUGCAGCUGAAGAAAUGCUGCUGGCGAUGUGCCCAGCGUUCGAGCAGCACCAUGGUGUCAAGGUCACGCCAGAGGCAGUCCGAGCCUCCGUGCGUGGCUCACGGGCACUCAGAGGUCGCUUUCUCCCAGACCGUGCUCUGGACGUUCUGGACGAUGCUGCCACGUUGGCGUCUGCGGAGGCUGAAGCUUCUGGCACUUCCCCGCUUUGCACGGCGGAGCAUGCGAUCCAGGCAGCACGGCAAGUAGCCUUAGGUGCCGCCAGCUUCCGGGACCGCCUCGUGGCACGGCUUCAGCUCCUCACCUCGCGGCUCUGAGAACGCGUCGAAGGCGGGGGGUUUUCCGCCGAUGUGAGGCCGUUUCCCAUGGAUGUCCUGUGGGUCGAUUUUCCUGUGGCCCAUCUCUUCCGGUGCUGUCGCCAACAGGGCCCAGCACUUUAGCCCUGGACCUGACAUCUGGUG